AGUCCCCGAUUAUGGAUGCUACCAGGUUUUACAAAAUGUUGAAUUCCCAUAAUACUACCACGACCCCGCCUAUCUCAUACUGGUCCACUUCAUAUAAAUGACACUUCUCUGCCUCAUCCUAUUCUUGAAGUCAGUCAAUCCCAGCCUCAUAACACUACAUCUCAACCUCAAUCUAAUGAAUCUCAACUUGUAAAUCAAGAAACUGAACCGAUGAUGUCUCCACCGGCCAAUAUGACUCCAGCCACCUCAUCUAGUACGGUUGGCAAUGACGAUGAUGAGCAUCGAAUGUGGAUUAAACCUGAAGCGGAUGGGUUUGAUCCUCAUAAGCCAGUUAUUGAAGGUAUUGCUCUUUGCAUUCGUAGUAAAUUUGAGCUAGCUAAACCUUCUUGGAAGAAGUUCUCACAAUCUAUUCGCGAUAUGUGGUUUGAGGAAUUCAGGAAGAAAUUCAAAUGGCUACCUCAGUAUAAUGUAGCUACACGGGACAAUUUUGAGAAAAGAGCAGCGGCAAGAAUGACCCAACUUUUUCAAGAUAUUAGAAAAAACUUGCCUGUGAAACCAAAUUGGAUGGGGGAUGAUGUAUUCAAAGAGAUGAAGGAGUAUUGGGAGUCUCCUGAAUUUAAGUCAAAGUCCGAACAGAAUAAAAAGAAUUGUAAUUCAAAUGACGGCGCCUCAAUUCAUACAUGUGGUUGUAUAUCUCAUCGAGUGGUGAUUUGGAAGAGAAUGAAAGAAGCCACCGGAAAAGAACCUUCAAUUGCGAAUUUUAUUUUCAGACUCAUCACACAAAAAAUGAAAAAUGUUGGGUAAAUGAGAAAGCUGAAGCUGCUUAUAAUAAUUUUGAAAGAACGAAACAAGAACUAUCAGCUUCUCAAAGUGCAUCAACUGAGGUAGGUGACACUAAUUCAGCAAGCCAAUUAAGUGAAAUGGAUAUUUGGGUGCAAUCUGUUGGUGGAAAGAAAAAAGGAAGGGUUGCGGGCCUUGGCUCCUUAGGUCGAUCUGUAAAAGCACUUAAGCAUUCAACAUCUUCUUUACCUGGACAAAUUGAUGAGAUGAUUAAAUCUCAGGUGCAUGCUUCCAAUGCUAACUUAUAUGCUCAGUUGCAAGAAGAGCGGCGCAAAAACAGAAAGAUGAGGAAAGAAUUAGACUUAUUGAAGAAGUACGUGAAUUUCAAUGCAUCUUCUUCAAAUGAGUUAUCAUCUCAAGAAGACAAUUAAGGAUCUGAGGAUGAAAGUGACAAUGACUUUGAUAAUGUGAAUGAAAGUGGUUCUAACCUUGGUAACGUGAAUGAAAGUGAUUAUAAUUAGGAUUGAGAUGCUCAUUAGACUAUUUAGUUUUACAUUUGGGAUAUUUUGCUUUUUGAUGAAGGAUUAUAUGUUAUUAAUAUUAAUGUUAUGAAUUA